AUGUCUGAUCAUCAGAAGGCAAUCAUUAUCGGAGGAGGUCCUGCGGGUCUCUCGACCGCGCUGCGUCUCCACCAAACCACAAAUAUUAAAUGCAGCAUCUAUGAACUGCGACCUGAGCCGACCACCCUCGGCGGCGCAAUCGGCAUCAUGCCUAAUGGCCUCCGACUGUUCUCCCGUCUAGGUGUUUAUGACGCCCUCCACGCGCGAGGUAGCAGCCGAAGUAACCUCGUCGUUCAUUCCACACAAGGCGGGAUUGUAGGCGAACAGGAGGACAUGGUCAGCUACGCACGCACGCAGACAGGUUUUGGGUAUCUCCGAAUCAAGCGAACAGAUCUUGUGGAUGUUCUUCUGGACGCGGUGGACAAAGCCCAAAUCCCCAUCUAUUUCAACAAGCGGCUCACUACUAUUGACGACAACGGCGACUCUGGCGUGACUGUGAGGUUUUCCGACGGUAGCACUGACACAGCAGACAUCCUGAUCGGAUGCGACGGUAUUCACUCUUGUGUGCGUCGUCUAUACGUCGACCCCGACCAGAAGCCUGAAUACUCCGGGUUUUCGGGACUGUUUUCGCUUGUUCCCACGUCGAAUUUGUCUUCCUCUACCGCAGCCCAGUUUUCGGGGAUCGGUGCAACGUUGACAGAGCAUGGAAUGUUCAUGGUAAUGCUCGCCACGGCAGCUGGAGAUGAGGUAGCCUGGGGUUUGUCGCAGGAAGUCCCGUUGCCGGACUGCGGGGAUAGUCGAGAUGGGUGGGAGUUGUAUCGGCAGAAAGAGGUGAAUGAGUUCAAAUCGAAUAUGCAUCAGAUCUUGGAAAAGGUGCAUGGGAAUUGGGGAGACUUACUCAGGCAACUCGUUGAUAACACCGACGUUAUGAAGUUCUAUCCGAUUUACCGACUGCCACUUGGCGGAGCUUGGUAUAAGGGUCAGUGUGCGAUUCUUGGCGAUGCGGCGCAUGCAAUGCAGCCACAUGCGGGACAGGGCGUCUCUAUGGCGCUGGAAGACACGUUUCUGCUUGCUCGCUUACUGGAAGACCCAAGUCGACCUGUGGUGGAGGUAUACAAGAAAUUCGAUGAGAUCAGGAGACCCCGGGUGAACGAGAUCUACAAGCUCGCUUCCCGAAAUGUGAAGGUGCGGAAGACAACAGGACCUUGGGGCUUGUGGUCAAAGGAAGUUGUGGUUGGCAUGGCGUUUUGGGCUUCUUGGGCUUUAGGGUUGGAGAAGUGGGGAUGGGGACAGAAGCAUAUGGCUUAUGAUAUUGAUACGGAGGAAAUUUAG